AUGCGUCUCUUCACUACUGCCGUGAGCUUCGCAUCCUUAGCUGUUGCAUCUCUCCAAAUUGUCUCAAAUAAUGGCCGGCCCAUCUGUAUCGUCAAGCCUCUAGGACAGCAGCAGAGCGAUGUCCCUAACAUCCUGCACGCAUUCCGCAAAUGCGGCCACUCCGGCACAAUCAUCUUCCCAGAGAACGAAACAUACUGGAUCGCAGAGCGUCUAAAUCCACAUGUGCAAGACGUUACAAUCGAGUGGAAGGGCACAUGGCUGUUCUCCGACAACCUCACCUACUGGCGAGAAAACGCCUACCCGAUAAGCUUUCAGAACCAUGCAGCCGGAUUCAUCCUCUCAGGUAGUGACAUCCGCAUCGAUGGCCACGGAACCGGUAGCAUCAACGGUAAUGGCGACACUUGGUAUACAGCCGAGGCUGGGAAGACGCAGCCCGGACGUCCCAUGCCCUUCGUCCUAUGGAACGUCACCAAUGUGCAAGUCUCCAAUUUUGCAAUCGAGCAGCCACAGCUAUGGUCAAUCAACAUCAUGAACGGCACGAACAUGGACUUCACCAACAUCACAGUCGCCGUAAAUGCGACCUCUGCUCCAGAGGGCGAGAACUGGGCACAAAACACAGACGGAUUCGACACAAUGGACGCCACCAACAUCACGCUCCAGAAUUUCACCUUCAGCGGCGGCGACGACUGCAUCGCCAUAAAGCCUCGCUCGUCAAAUAUCCACAUAUCAAACAUAACCUGCAACGGCGGAAACGGAAUCGCUAUCGGCAGUUUAGGACAAUAUCUUGAAGACUCAAGCGUUGAGAAUGUCGUCAUCGAUAAUGCUAAAGUGCCCGGUACCCGUUUCGGAACGUACAUCAAAACGUGGGUUGGCGAGCUCGUUCCAACAGACGACUACGAGUCUGGGUAUGUUCCUCGCGGAGGGGGAUGGGGUGUUGUGAGGAAUGUUACGUUUUUGAAUAUUGAUGUUGGGGAUGCGCAGCGUGCGGUCGUGGUUACGCAGGAUAAUGGGGAUGAUGAGACGUCUAGAGGUACGAGUAAGAUGGAGAUUUCGGGGAUACGCUUUGAGAAUUAUACAGGGAUGCUGGGAUCGAGUAAUCAGGUCACUGUCAGUUGUAGCGAGGUGCAUCCUUGUUUUGAUAUUGACUUUGAAAACUUUGAUGUCCUGACAGAGGAUGGGGAGAUUACUGGGAGCUGUAAGUGGACGGUAGAGGAGGGCGUUACUGGGCUAGAUGGUUGUUAA